GUGACUAGACACGUGAUCCUUUACGAAACAAAACACAAGAAAGGGAAGUCAUUGUAUGAUUGAGUGUAGUUGUCUGCUUGUUUGAGAAGUAGAGGAUUAUCGGCUUAUCUAGAAGAAAGAUGCAGAGUGAAAUUAUGUUGUGUUUGAUUGCCCUACUGUCACUGGGUCUGGUACUAGGCGACGUGUUAAAAUUUCAGCCUUCAAACUAUAUCCCAGCUAGCAAGUUUGGACGUCAAGUUAGAUUAACAGAUUUCAAGUUUAAAAAUUGUGGAGAUAAAUCUAAGGAUUUGUUUGUGAUAAGUUCACUGGAUAUCCUCCCAGAUCCUGUCCAGUUUCCAGGAACAUUUACAAUUAGUUUUUCUGGAGUUGCAAAGAAAACAAUCAGCUCACCAGUUCCCGCUGAAGUUAAGAUUGCUAAGAAAGAAGGAGACAAAUAUUUAGAUUUGCCAUGUAUUCAGGGAGUUGGAUCUUGUAAUUAUUCAGAUGUUUGUGCCCUUCUGGCUCAAAUUGGAACACAGUGUCCAGAUCCUCUAGUAGAAGCUGGAAUACCAUGCCAGUGUCCUUACAAUGCAGGAAGCUACAAACUUGAAUCAGCAGCAUUUAAUGUCGGAUCUGCCUUGUUGCCUACUGGAGAUUAUAUGGCCAGCAUUAAUAUGACUUCCGCAGAUGGUCAUGUUGGCUGUUAUGAAAUUAAUGUCACAUUGUCCUAAAUCGAAGAAGAAUCUGGAAAAGAAGCUGGUAGAGACUCAAGAUCUUCAUUUUAUUUCUCCUGCUUCUAUUUUUGUAUUACCAUUCCUUCAAAUUGUUUUCUUUAUUUUUUUAGAUUUGAUAUCUAUAGACUAAACACAUUGCAAAUUAGCUUAUAUCUUUCAAUAUUUAUUUUGUCUUUUUUUUUCUCUUUUUUUGAUUGAUUUUUAAUUUACAAAUUGUAUUGGCACAAUAGACCAGAAUUUCCUGGGGUUUUCUAAUUUCAGGAUGGUUCGACCUCACGUUCCACUUAUCUGGAUUAGUUAUAACUAGUCAUUUGCAUGGGACAAACAAGAAUUUACUCCCUUGACAGAUGAAAUUUAGUUGACUGGAAUACUGCUGUCCACACAUGUGUACCUUUCUUAAAGAUGCAUUAUUUAAAGGCUCAAUACCACUCUUGUUGUAACUGAAUAAUAUGUCCCAAUCUUUAUUCUGGUCAACAAAUUGUACUAUUCAAGAAUAUUUCAAUUAAUUGAUGAUACAAAUUUCAUCUUAACACACCUUAUUUAAAAAUUUUGAAAAAUUCAACAUAAUGGUUUGAAACGUCUAACGUAAACCUUUUCAAAUGAAACUUCGAUUUAAAAAUAUUUUUGAACCCUCUGGACAAGUAAAAUAGGGUGUAAUGGAUAAUUUACACAACAGGUAGGACACUUAAACAUCUAGUACUUAGAUAGAGAUAUUAUUUAUUUGCUGGAGCUUUCAAGCCAGCAAGAGUGUUAUUGUCCCUUUAAGAGCUAAUUGUGACUAUUGUGAAAUUUAUUCACAUGACAAAUCCAUAAUCAACUCUCUGAGUCAAUGGGUGGCUCAGAUAAUGAAUGGAUUAGAAAACAUUUGUCAAUUUUUUAAUUUAAUGAUGAAAUGGACCUUGUUUAUUAUGUAACAAAGGUAGCAAUGGAAAUCAAGACUAAGCUAUUCUUAUGAAAACUUCACUCAGAAUGAAGUAAUUUGAUUGAGAUAUUCAAUAUAUCUAAAUCUUACAUAAUGUAUCUUUGAUAGAAUUGUUCUUUAUUUCUCAUAUUAUUUCUCAUAUUAGAGUAUUUAAUUGUUAAAAUACCCUAUGUAAAUAUAUGAUAUGUACAUGAAGGCUCAGAUGUGUCAUUUGUAUAUUCGCUAAUAUAUCAAAUUUCCAUUCUAAGUUGAUUAUUGUAAGUGUAUCUCUAAACUAUUUUAUGUUUUCAUAAAUAACCCUCUGGUUUGUAUGGUGUUUUCCUAAACUAUUUUAUGUUUUCAUAAAUAACCCGAUGGUUUGUAUGGUGUAUUCCUAAACUAUUUUAAGUUUUCAUGAAUAACCCGCUGCUUUGUAUGGUUUAUUCCUAAACUAUUUUAAGUUUUCAUGAAUAACUCUCUUGUUUGUAUGGUGUAUUCCUAAACUAUUUUAAGUUUUCAUGAAUAACCCUCUGGUUUGUAUGGUCUAUCCUUAAAAUAUUUAAAGUUUUCAUAAAUAACCCUCUGAUUUGUAUAACAUAUCCCUAAAAUAUUUAAAGUUUUUUGAAUAACGCUCUGGUUUGUAUUGUGUAGAUCUGAAGUUUCUCUAUAUUUUUUAAGAGUUUUUUUUUAUAACAAACCUGUGUGUAGUGUGUUUAUAUUCACAAGGUUAAUAUUUAACUCCUAUCAAUUAAAUCACUUUUAUUCACCAGUUUGUGUCUCCAUUUGAAUCUUGCGUUCAGUAAAUUCAUGGAUGGACUGAGAGGUCCAUUAAAUAAACCAAUACUUUUGUUAUUUGAAGUGCUAUAUUAUAAAUAUUAUAAAUUCAUCAGUUGUGUAUAUAUAAAAUUCCAUAAGAAUGAAAAAAAAAAAAAAUAUAUAUAUAUAUAUAUAUAUAUAUAUGUUAUAUUAUUAUUGUUCGAUUUAUAUAGCGCUUUUCUGGUGUGGUUCCCCCUUGUCAGAGAGUCUGGCAAGGGACAACGUAUAGUCGUUUGGAUUUGACUAAAAACUGAGGUCCCAUGUACACAUUGGUGUGUACGUAAAAGAUCCCUUGACAGUUGAAAUUCGAUAUUAGAGUGGGCACUAGCGCGGUAAUUCCGGCAAAAUUUCCCUCAUAGCACACUGUAUGGCGUAUGCCUGUCUUCUUAGCCCAGUCAGAGCUGAACAGUAGGACGUUAAACCUGAUUUCAUUUUUAUACGCCCACAUUGAAAUGUGGACGUAUAUUGCCGUCGCCCCCGUCCGUCCGUCCAUCGUCCACAAUUUGUUGUGAACGCUCUAACGCCAAAAGUUAUCAUCCAAUUGUUUUAAAAUUGAUAUAUGUUGUUUACAUUAGUGAGAUGAAGAAGCCUAUUUAAUUUUAAUAAUUUCCGUUUAUUACGUCUAGAGUUAUGGCCCUUGUUUUACUUUGUUGAACCUUGUGAACGCUCUAAUGCCAAAAGUUAACAUACGAUCUUUGUGAAAUUUAUAUGCAAUAUUUAAGUUAGUGAAACGAAGAAGCCUACAGAAUUUCAACAAUUUCUGUUUAUUACGUUUAGAGUUAUGGCCCUUGUUUCACUAUAUUGAACCUUGUGAACGCUCUAACUCCAAAAGUUAUCAUCCGAUCUUUCUGAAAUUUACAUGCAUUAUUUAAAUUAGUGAAACGAAGAAGCCUAAUGAAUUUCAGCAAUUUCCGUUUAUUACGUCUAGAGUUAUGGCCCUUGUUUCACUUUAUUGAACCUUGUGAACGCUCUAACGCCAAAAAGUUAUCCGAUCUUUCUGAAAUUUAUAUGCAUUAUUUAGAUUACUGAAACGAAGAAGCUUAUUGAAUUUCGGCAACAUCCGUUAAUUACGUCUAGAGUUAUGGCCCUUUUUCACUUUUUUGAUCCUUGUGAACGCUCUCACGUCAAAAGUUAUCAUUCGAUCUUUCUGAAAUUUAUAUGCAUUAUUUAGGUUACCUAAACGAAGAAGCCUAUUGAAUUUCAGCAAUUUCUGUUUAUUGCGUCUAGAGUUAUGGUCCUUGUUUCACUUUAUUGAUCCUUGUGAACGCUCUUACGUCAAAAGUUAUCAUUCGAUCUUUUCUGAAAAUUAUAUGCAUUAUUUAAAUUAGUGAGACGAAAAUUCCUAUUGAAUUUCAGCAAUUUCCGUUUAUUACGUCUAGAGUUAUGGCCCUUGUUUCACUUUAUUGAACCUUGUGAACAGCUAAAUCCAUGAUGUUAAAAGUUUCAUAUACUAAACGUUAGCAUGGGGCAGAACUUAAUAAAAACCAAACAAAUUCUAAUGGUUUUCUGAGAAUUACUUAAUGAGUUGUUACUCUUGGUCAGAUUUUAAUGUAUUAUAAAUUAUGUUUCAUUACCGAAAAAAGUAAAAAUAUGUGACAACUCUUGUUGACUGCCCGAACGAUUUAGCUGCUGUGGGCGUAUGUUUCGUUGCCUGGCAACCUAUCUUAUAUAAAGAUGUAAACAAAGCAUUUAAAUUGAUUGUACACACUAUUUAUGUAGUAUUAGAUACACCAUUUGUUCACAAUAAACAUUAGGGUCUUUAA